AUGGACGGACAGCUGAAAUUGCCAAUCACUCAGACACCAAGACCAAACGCACCAAUCCCGCCAGACGAUGAUGCGCUGGGGACAAAAAUAGAAACAGAGUGGAUCAAGUUGACCCUGCAAGGCUGUGUGAAUUCCAGUCAAGGGGGGUGGAUCUCUGUUCCCUUAAACACUGUUUCCCAUCAUUUAACUUCACACCUCCACAAAAUGGUCAUUAAAGUCUUCCUAGCAUCAUCUUCAGGAUCGACGGCGAUCAAAAAGAAACAGCAAGAAGUUGUUGGGUUUCUUGAGGCACUAAAAAUCGAUUACACACAACUUGACAUUGCUUCAAAUGAAGACAAUCGUCAGUGGAUGAGGGAAAAUGUCCCUGGAGAGAUGAAGCCCACCAGUGGAAUUCCUCUUCCUCCACAGAUCUUCAAUGAGGAGAUAUAUUGUGGGGACUAUGAAACAUUCUUCAAUGCCAAGGAGGACGACACAGUCUUUGAAUUUUUGGGCCUCACACCUCCACCAGGAUCAAAGAGAAAGGAAAUCAAGGUAGUUGAGCAGAAUGGAGAUGCACAUACAGCAGAGCUGGAAGAAGAUGCUGUGGCUGAGGAGGUAGAGGCUGCCGAUCAAGAGGAAGAGGAAGAACCAACAGAGGAGGCAGAGGAAGAAGAAGAAGAGGAAGAGAGUAGAAAGGCAGCUGAGGAGGAAGACCAGGAUGAAGGAGAGUUUGAUAAGGAGGAAGAGGAGCAGGGCUCUGAGGCAGAAGACUAGUUUUCUGAAGCAGAGGAUUUUGGACCUGGAAUUUUCCCACAGCUUGAUGUAACACACCACCUGCCUUAGAGCUGCCUGCUAAAUAUCAGCCUUCACUUCACCGGAGCAAAGCCCAAGCCAAAUGUGACACCACUGCACUGGAGAAUAUGCUCUCAGGACCCAAUAGCCCCCAACCCCAAGCCCCCCAGAAAAUUACAUCUUGUCCCAUCACUGAUGAGGUUAAAAAAUGCCUUUUUAUGUUGCUGUUUUUUAUGGUUCAACUUCAAACAUAUGGUAUUGCGUCUUAUAAAGUGGUAUUCAAUUUUGAGUAAAUAUAAGUGAGUAUAUACAGGUGCAUCUCAAUAAAUUAGAAUGUCAUGGAAAAGUUCAUUUAUUUCAGUAAUUCAACUCAAAUUGUGAAACUCGUGUAUUAAAUAAAUUCAAUGCACACAGACUGAAGUAGUUUAAGUCUUUGGUUCUUUUAAUUGUGAUGAUUUUGGCUCACAUUUAACAAAAACCCACCAAUUCACUAUCUCAAAAAAUUAGAAUACAUCAUAAGACCAAUAAAAAAAACAUUUUUAGUGAAUUGUUGGCCUUCUGGAAAGUAUGUUCAUUUACUGUAUAUGUACUCAAUACUUGGUAGGGGCUCCUUUUGCUUUAAUUACUGCCUCAAUUUGGCGUGUCAUGGAGGUGAUCAGUUUGUGGCACUGCUGAGGUGGUAUGGAAGCCCAGGUUUCUUUGACAGUGGCCUUCAGCUCAUCUGCAUUUUUUGGUCUCUUGUUUCUCAUUUUCCUCUUGACAAUACCCCAUAGAUUCUCUAUGGGGUUCAGGUCUGGUGAGUUUGCUGGCCAGUCAAGCACACCAACACCAUGGUCAUUUAACCAACUUUUGGUGCUUUUGGCAGUGUGGGCAGGUGCCAAAUCCUGCUGGAAAAUGAAAUCAGCAUCUUUAAAAAGCUGGUCAGCAGAAGGAAGCAUGAAGUGCUCCAAAAUUUCUUGGUAAACGGGUGCAGUGACUGGUUUUCAAAAAACACAAUGGACCAACACCAGCAGAUGACAUUGCACCCCAAAUCAUCACAGACUGUGGAAACUUAACACUGGACUUCAAGCAACUUGGGCUAUGAGCUUCUCCACCCUUCCUCCAGACUCUAGGACCUUGAUUUCCAAAUGAAAUACAAAACUUGCUCUCAUCUGAAAAGAGGACUUUGGACCACUGGGCAACAGUCCAGUUCUUCUUCUCCUUAGCCCAGGUAAGACGCCUCUGACGUUAUCUGUGGUUCAGGAGUGGCUUAACAAGAGGAAUAUGACAACUGUAGCCAAAUUCCUUGACAUGUCUGUGUGUGGUGGCUCUUGAUGCCUUGACCCCAGCCUCAGUCCAUUCCUUGUGAAGUUCACCCAAAUUCUUGAAUCGAUUUUGCUGGACAAUCAUAAGGCUGCGGUUCGCUCGGUUGGUUGUGCAUCUUUUUCUUCAACACUUUUUCCUUCCACUCAACUUUCUGUUAACAUGCUUGGAUACAGCACUCUGUGAACAGCCAGCUUCUUUGGCAAUGAAUGUUUGUGGCUUACCCUCCUUGUGAAGGGUGUCAAUGAUUGUCUUCUGGACAACUGUCAGAUCAGCAGUCUUCCCCAUGAUUUUGUAGCCUAGUCAACCAAACUGAGAGACCAUUUUGAAGGCUCAGGAAACCUUUGCAGGUGUUUUGAGUUGAUUAGCUGAUUGGCAUGUCAAAAUAUUCUAAUUUUUUGAGAUAGUGAAUUGGUGGGUUUUUGUUAAAUGUGAGCCAAAAUCAUC